AUGGCCCGCCACAGUGACUACUCAAUUGAUUCGGGAGGAUUAGUACGUGCCUCGUUUGAGCCACCUGGAGCACAUCUGGUGUUUGGCCCCGCGGUCGCUGCGAGACCGACCGUCCUCCGGCAAUCCAAGGAUAUCAAUACACCCUUUCCCACCAAUUUCCGCGCUUUCCCGAGGCAAAGGGAUCACCGCGCCGUAGAGCAGGAAACGCAGACCGGGCUGCUGGUAUCCCGUUUUGGCUGUCCGUAUGGAGGUCUCUCCUCGCGUUCAUCGAUCGCACAGUCUUCCGACCCGAACGUCCGGGCAGGUCCGAACUACGACUCGAGGGCUCCUCGUCAAAUCGUCGGGCCUACGGUGUUCGUCCCCACGUACACCAGACCACCUCCCUCCGCGGAGUGGGCUCAGCCUCCCAAGCGAUCAAUCACACCACCAUCUCCUUCUGACGAACUUCCUCCUCCAUCGCUGGCCGAACUUACCUCGCUCGAAUACGCGCAAGCCAUUUCCUCUUUUGUUUCGGACUUUUGGAAGCCUAGGCCAGGUGUGCAGCUGUCCGAUGGAUGGGAAGAGCCUCCGCCGCUUCCACCUCGCAUCCCGCCACGCUCCCCGCUCGACUUUUCGGCCCUGGACGCGCUCGGGGACAGGCCAUUCUCUUUGUGGGGAUCCAAGACGAUCAUCUAUCCCGAGGAAGUCCUGUUUCAAGGGCCGCCCGAAGUGUUGCCAUAUAGCGAUCCGAUAAGGCAACACCUGGAGGAACACGUGCCCUCUUACCUCCAGAUGUCCGUCGAGACUAAGGCAGUCGGUGGCAUUCAAGCUUCGGAGUCUCUACUCCCUUAUGCGCUGGACCCGUCUCACUCCCCGCUCGCCCACGAGGGCCUGGAGUACGUGUCUUCAAGCAUGUCUGCAAAGUCGUUCGACGACUUCGCGUGGCCGACUGAUAUCAGGGUUCAACGAUCGGAGCACCAAGGCCUACAAAAUCUGACUAUGCAAGAACCGUCGGGCAUGCCCCUUUUCAAGAUCAUCAACAUGAAUGUCGAGAGCAGGCACCCUCCGCGCCAUCGAACUUCGAAACACCCCAGUUUCUACACUUCGACCCAACCUCCAUACGAGAUAAUCAGCACCUUCGCGCUCAUUCGCAGGCUUUUAUUCCCGCAACGCAAGAUACGAUCCGGCAAUUGA